UCCUUCCGGCCCCCCCGCUCUCUCCCUCCCCGAUGCUAGCACCGUCGGGGUCGGGUCUCGGUGUCUCGGUGUCUCGGUGUCUGUGGUUGUGCUGGAGCGUCAUGGCGGUGCACCGGGGACCCUCUACGAAGUGGAUCUUCACCCGGGAGCAGCUCGACAACACGCCGUCUCGCCGCGGAGGCAUCGAGGCCGACAGGGAGCUCUCCUACCGGCAGCAGGCCGCCAACCUCAUCCAGGACAUCGGCCAGAGACUCAACGUGUCUCAACUGAUUAUCAACACUGCUAUAGUAUAUAUGCACAGGUUUUAUAUGAUCCACUCCUUCAGCAAAUUCCAUAGAAAUGUCAUCUCUCAGACUACGUUGUUCCUGGCAGCUAAAGUUGAGGAGCAGCCCAGAAAGCUGGAGCAUGUCAUUAAAAUAGCCCACGCCUGCAUUAACCCACAAGAGCCUGCCGUAGACACCAAGAGCAACGCAUUCCAGCAGCAGACACAAGAGCUCGUAGCACUGGAAACAAUAGUGCUGCAAACGCUGGGUUUUGAAAUAACAGUUGAUCAUCCACACACAGAUGUUGUGAGGUGUUCCCAGCUAGUGAGAGCAAGCAAGGAUUUGGCACAGACUUCCUAUUUCAUGGCUACCAACAGUUUGCACCUCACCACCUUCUGCCUGCAGUACAGGCCCACGGUCGUGGCGUGUGUCUGCAUCCACCUGGCCUGCAAGUGGUCCAACUGGGAGAUCCCCGUGUCGACGGAUAGCAAACACUGGUGGGAGUACGUGGACCGCACCGUAACGCUACAGCUGCUGGAUGAGCUCACACAUGAGUUUCUUCAGAUCCUGGAGAAGACGCCCAGCAAACUGAAGAGGAUACGAAACUGGAGGGCUAUUCAAGCUGCUAAGAAGCCAAAGACGGACGGCUCCUCGGGUGAUAGUGCCUAUCAGGGGACGUCUUUAGAUGGCCUCCCCGGUGUCAACAACUCCUUCUUCCCCUCCACCUCAUCGGACUCUUCAGACAUGCCCUCCCUCAACAACAUCGCAGCCUCCUACGCCUCCUACCAGCCGAUGAGCGACCCGUCGAAGGACUGCGGCUACGACCACUUCUCCGAGCCCCACCUCUCCGACUUCACGCUGGUGAAACACGAACCCAAAGCUGCAGGCGGGUCUGGCGGCAAACACCAGCAGCUCGGCACGAACGACGCUGCCGCCUCCGCCGCUGCCGCCACUUUUGCGCGGCCGCAGAAAGUCUUGACUCUGGAAAAGUACCGAGCGAAACACGCGGCGGACUUGGCCUCGCAGAACGGCGUGAAGGAGGAGUCGAGCACGGACAUGUACCCGCCGCCGCCGGCUCUCUCCUCGCACCACCACAAGAAGCGCUCUCAGCCGCAGCAGGGCGACGGCAAGAGAGAGAAGAGCAGCAAAAAGGCUCGCUCUCUCGCCGAGAACGGCUCCGCCACGAGCGAGGAGCUCAAGAUGAGAAUCAAAGUUUCAUCAGAGCGCCACGGAGGCUCGGAGCCGGCUCUGCCGGGUAAAGACAAGCACAAAGAGCACCACCGUCACUCUAAACACCACUUGCACCCAAACAGAGGGACAAUAGAGAACGCCUCCUUGUCCAUACGAGCCCCCGACGUCGGCUCCUCCGGCUCCUCUCGCAAGAGGCCUCACUCGGACGCCGGGAAUCACAACCACAACCACCACCACCACUCGUCCAAGAGCGGCCGCAGCUCCAAAGGAGGCCUCGGCUCGUCCCACUACUCGUCGGAGGGCGGCCAACGGAUGAUGGAGCACCACGACGGCACCAACGGCAUGCUGACCGCCAACGGCCAACACACCGACUACAAAGACACUUUUGACAUGCUGGACUCUUUACUAAGUGCCCAAGGAAUGAACUUGUAACCCUCGGAGAGCCCGCAGCGUUGUCUAGAAUAAGGUAUUACCAUGUUUAAUAGAAUUUAAAAUUUAUUUGUCUUAAGUUAUCUGAAUUCUGCGUCGCCCUCAGUGGUGUCUACACACUGAUUAUUGAUCUGUCAAAAAAUGUAAAAUUAUAUGCAUAGAGCUGUGUACUACUAGCUUGCAACAAAAAAAAAAAAGAAGUUUUAAGAACACGGCUGGAAUAAUGAGAUUUUAAACAUUCUUUUAACGCGAGCUGAUUUUAACGUGCAUGUUUUAAGUCACAAAAGGGAAGCUAGCGUUCGCAGCCAUCGUGACAGUUUACAGUUUUCUUUUUUUUCUUUUUUGUAUGUUAAAGACGUUUUGUUCCACUGAAAAUCUCAGGUCUUGAACUUUUUUGAUAUGAGAACGAAUCUUCCUCUGUUUGGGUUUAGUACCUGUAUCCGUGGAGAUGUAUCACCUCGUCCGUUUGCCGACGACGACGACGGCAGAACUUCGGUGUCUGCGUUAGGAAACACGGUCUGCUUACCUUUCAAAGAGGGCGUCAAUAGUUCCAACACAAAUACGUGAGGCGUUCGCUGUCUAUUUGCUGUCUAUUGGGACUUCCAAGGCCGCACCUGAACUCAUUAUAAAGCAACAAAAUGACAUCUGCUGUGAAAGUGCAUUCAAGAUAUAUCGGCUAAAAUCGCAAAAAAAAGGCCUUGUGAUCGUCAAUCGCUAUUCAGUAUGAUAAAUGUUAUUAACUAUCAGAAGAUACAGAUCUCUAAAAUAAGAUGUGUACAUAGGACUGUAGUUCAAUCUGUUGGUUUUAUUGCAUCAGUCCAGACCUUCCUCCAUUCAGUGUAACGCGAGAUCUAAAGCAGACUCUGUAUUGAUGAGCAUAUCCUCGAUUUGUGUAUUGGGAGCCCAAAUAAAGGUGUAAAAGUGAGUUUUACACAUCACAGAGA